CGCUGCCAGGUGACACCUGUUAGCUUAGCACUGCUACUCGUUAGCUUAGCGCUGCUAGCCGUUAGCUAAGAGCUGCUACGAUGAGCCGACAUGGAAGUGAAAUAGGAAAAUGUUUGUCCCAGAUGUGGGAGAAGGAGGAAGAGGAGGAGGAACAUGAGAAGAAGGAGGAAGAGGAGGAGAAGGAGGAGAAGAAGGAAGAAGAGGGGCAGAACAUUCCAGCUCUGGACAACGGGGACAACGCGUCUCUGGUCCAGAGACGUGGACACUUUGGGAUUAUCACGAUGAACCAGGAUCAUGAACUGGAGAGGCUCACCACAUCGAGAGCAACGUUCGUCGCUCCGAAGAGUCACAACGUGAGGCAGAAAGGCAUCAGAGGCGAGCUCAUGGAAACACUCUUGGCCGAGAGGAUCCGCGAAAGGAUUCAAGCUGAACAGAAUCCACCGAUUCCCAAAACGGAUUUCUGCUCCACGAGCCAGAGGGAGUUCAGGGCGGAGGGAUUUGUUCCUCUCUCCCCGGAAUCAACACAAGUUCAUGAUUAUAAGACGGAGGAGGCGAUUACAUUCUGGAGUGAGAACCAGCAGCGGGUCGAGGUUUGUCUCGUUGUUCCACGUCUUAGACAAUGUUCUAUUGUUGUCAUGAUGUUGUUGUUUGUGUCACGUCUAAAACCAUAUUGGACAGUUUUAGUUCUUGGUGUGACCGCCGUGGACUUCCUGGAAUCACCUUUCAGGAGGUCGGCGUUUUUCACCAAACAAGUCGGCGAGUGGCUGGAUGAAACGAUGCCCCCCCCCGACAACUGA